AAAUUAAUAAUGCUUUAAUUUGUCAUAUUUAACAAAGAUAAUGUGCCUGGAUGAAAUGUGAAUUUUUGAAGGCAAAAUCCGACCCGGUGCGGAUACUUGAAGGCAUCACCGACAGCUCGCUCUGUGGAGCCGGGCACCUUAAACAGCAGGGGAGAAUGGCAGGCCUGUGGAAAUCCUACCAAAUGUUGAUGACCAAAUACCCGUGGUCAGUGCAGAUAGUGACUGCUGGGUCUUUAGUGGGUGUCGGUGAUGUCCUCUCCCAACAGCUGAUUGAGAGAAGAGGAUUGGUGAAUCACAACGUGCGGCGGACGGCCAAGAUGAUGAGUAUUGGUUUCUUCUUCGUGGCUCCAGUGAUCGGCAGCUGGUACAAAGUGUUGGACAGGCUGGUAGUCGGAGGAACUAAAAGUGCUGCAUUGAAGAAAAUGCUGUUUGACCAGAUCUGUUUUGCUCCGUGUUUCUUGGGAGCUUUUCUCUGUAUCUCCGGUGCUCUGAAUGGACUGACGGUGGAGGAGAACGUCAACAAGCUCAAGAGGGACUACACAGACGCCCUGAUCUCAAAUUACUAUCUAUGGACCCCAGUCCAGAUUGCCAAUUUCUACUUCAUUCCACUACGCCACAGGUUGGCUGUCGUCCAGAUUGUUGCCGUUGGUUGGAAUUCCUACUUGACCUGGAAGGCCAAUAAAAUGUGAAUGAUGAUCAGAA